UUCCGCGUUCUCUUCCAGUUUUCUUCUUCCUCCUCUCCGUGCCCGCCUGUUUCCGCGUCGCUCGUCCGCGGACGACGCCGCGACGCGUACUCGUACGUGUUGGCGCGACGCACAUGCCGAAGCGCGUCGGUCGAUUUGAGGAUCUCGCGUUAGAACGUGGAGCCUCUGGCGCCUAGAUGAUUCGAACGGAGCAGAGAUGACUUUCAGACAUUUUGGAAAUAUCCCUCGGUCGCGGCCAGAUCGUUAAGUGACCGCGCGACUGUACAGGACGAUUUUUGUGCGCGGGUUAGAGAGCGGGGAGGAGCGAGCGUGGACCCCUCGAAGCAGUUUGAAGAGAGCGAUACGACUCGAGUGAACAGAUCGGACGAUUGAUGCUUCGCCCACGGGGAGCGACGCUCGGCGGUCUCUCGGCGAUUCGGUGAGCCAUUUACCUUGGCGACGAGGGGACAACUUGGCAGCGAAGGGACCCUCGGGAGCCUGAUGGCACCUGACCUCGAGAAAAGGCGGCAGGAAUUAAGGAGGGGCAGCAGCGGGGCCUUCGACCACGUCAACUGUGAUCAUCCGGGCAUGCUCUUACAUUUGAGAUGCACGGCCGGCACGGCGGACCUUUAUCGUCAUGGUAGCAACGCAGGCGGUGCACCGUCAACGGUGACAGGAUCGUCCGUCUCGAGAAGCACCACAGGUAAUCGCGCCCACUCCGCGACCAGAAGGGCGGUUACUAAUCAGCAGCGACAGCAGCAACAGCAGCAGCAGCAGCAACAAACCCCACAGCAACAGCAACAGCAACCACCGAAACAAACCAGAUUUCCAUUAUCGUCCCUCAGUGGCGUAACUGUAAGAAGUUCUGAUGAGCACGGGCCUAGAACUGGUACGACGCAAGACGACAAUUCUAAUGACUCCGGCCUCGGCUCCGAGGAACGUCAACAGCACUUCAACAACGUCAAUCUCUGGAACGACGCGGGGGAGGAGGAUUCGAAGAGGAGAAAAAUGGAUAUCAAAUUAGAGUCCGAGGACGCAAACUUCGCAUUUCCGGAAGUAGCCCCCGGAACGAGCCCUGACAAUAAAUCACCGACGGUCAGAACUACCGUCAAUGGCAUUGGUUUGGGAGGAAUAUCGGGCAACAGAUCCGGAAACGCUAAUUCUGUAAGCAGACUUGUAGGAGUAACCAGGCCUCGACCUGCCAUGGGCGUGUUGACCAAAAGGACCCCGAUCAUUCAUCAGGGACCCGUCACCCUUAUCUCGCAACUAUCCAACGUUUCCGCCGACGGCAAGACUCAACUGCAGAUCGUCUGUCAACCCGAGCAACAGCAUCGAGCUCGCUAUCAAACGGAGGGCUCGCGGGGUGCGGUGAAGGACCGUAGCGGGAAUGGCUUUCCCAUCGUUCGAUUGAUUGGUUAUGACAAGCCGACGACUCUACAGGUGUUCAUCGGCACCGAUCUUGGUAGAGUGGCACCCCACAUGUUCUACCAGGCCUGUCGCGUGAGCGGCAAGAACUCCACACCCUGUAUGGAGCGGAAGAUCGAUGGCACAAUCGUCAUAGAGAUUGACAUGGAUCCAGCGAAGGAUGUUACCUGCGACUGUGUUGGCAUUCUGAAAGAGCGUAAUGUCGAUGUCGAGCAUAGGUUUCCUCAAGAAGCUGGACUGUUACAAGGAAGAAGUAAGAAAAAAUCUACGCGAUGCCGCAUGAUUUUUCGCACGACUAUCACGCAUACCGACGGGACCACACAGACGCUGCAAGUCUGCUCCCAGCCGAUAGUGUGCACCCAGCCGCCUGGGAUUCCAGAGAUCUGCAAAAAGUCUCUGACGUCCUGCCCGUGCACAGGCGGAUUAGAACUCAUCAUACUCGGUAAGAACUUUCUGAAGGACACCCGGGUAGUAUUUCAGCUAGACAGUGAUGAUCUAUCGAGUAGUCUGGAGCCGCAUUGGGAAUGCACUGUGCUGCCGGACAAGGAGCACCUGCAUCCGGUACAUUUGGUAUGCGUGAUACCACCUUAUCACAGGCAGGAUCUAGCGUCUACGGAAACAGUCAACGUCAGAUUGUUCGUGGUGUCUUCUGGGAAAACCAGCGAACCGCAUACGUUUCUUUACACCGCAGCGUCUACUCCCCCACAGCCAUCCAUAGGCAAAGUCGAGUCCCUUUCACCUCCGCUAACAAAUGGUGACGCUAGCCUGGCCACAUCUGCCGCGGAGCGAUUGGUCAAAGGUGUCGCAUCCAACAGUCUGUUAACGCAAACUGCAGCGGGAGCCGCAAGCUUUUUGUCAAACGCACCGGCUCAAUCGCAGCAAAGCGCCUCUUCGGAAACUCUGAAGAACGAUCCCAGUCCACCACCGGCGGGAACGUCCCAGGUGACCCCCGUGAUGUUGUGGACCUCACAAUCCUCAAACUCGCCUUCUGAUGUCAUGAUGCCACCCCCGGUGCUCGUAGCAAAUCCUCUAAUGAACCGACGAUCCAGUCUUCAGCUGAUCCUGCCGGAUAAUUUAAAAACGGAAGUACUGGACGAAAACAGUCAGAAUAGUAUGCUAAGUGAGAAUAGCAUGCAAAGCAUUCCGACGCCGACAAUGGCUGCAAACGGACCGACGUCGGUAGCCUCUCCCCUUCAGCAACUGGUCAACGAAAACUCCAGAGAAGCCGCGCCCUCGCAGGCUGAUAUUAUUAGGACCGUUGCCGUCGCAACGGCUAAUAACAGCCCUGUGCAAGAGACUGUGAGUGGUCUUCUUGGGGUGGUAGAUCUGAUACGUACUCAGCAUCCUCUGUCAAUGGUGAAUACGCAUCAUCAGACUUCGUUUCCAGGUGGGUAUUUGGAGCGGGUUAGCAGUGGAUAUUCGAUAAGCUCAUUCGGCAUGCAUGAGUCAACUCAGGUCCAAGUUCUUAGUCCUCAUUGCCUUAAGGACACAAAUGGUGUCCUGUCGGACAAUAGCUCCAAUGGAGCUCCCCUUCAAGGUGCCGGCGUAGUGGAUCUUCGCAUGAAACACCAUCAUCAUCCCGACUUCGGCACACUGUCGAGUUUCACCGGUACUUCCGGGACGCAGUCGUUGUCGACGUCGAGCAGUCAUGUGGUGGAAAAGUACCUGAAUCACAUGGAGUCCUCGGUUGGCACCACCGAGGAAUCUGAUAAUCCAGAAAACGAGUUCGCUCUUCAACAGCAGCGGGCUUCCAUUAUCUCGGGAAGCAGCCAACAGUCAACGGCUCCCUCAGGAAUUCUAGCCAAUACAGGACAAAGUUCAGUAAAGUUGGAGGCCUUAGUAAACUCCGCAGCUGAGCAGAUGGUCUCUCCAUUGCACUCGGCGAAUCCCAAUUCUACUGCAAUGUUGAGCCACGUGACGGCAGAACAGGAGUCAAUAGGUAGCUGUCAGCAGACUAGAACUAGUCCACCGAUUCCAGUGAAGACGAUGUUGCUGGAAGCGUUAAUCCCGUCACAGGCGGUGCAGCCACUGGCAGAGAUUGCGACAUCAGUGGCGCCUGCACCGACGGUAGAACAAACGGGAGAGAGUUUGUUAACUACUAUCAACGCAGCACUAUUGCCGCAGUUGCCCGAUACACAAGUCAGCGCGGCAACCGCCACGUCGAAUUCCACGGUUGCCGGCAAUACGAUACCAGCAGUUGCAACAGACCAUAUGCAGCAGCAAAUGCAAGGACUCACGCAACAAGAGGUAGCUGUGAUGCAGCAACAGGUACAACAAGUGGAACAAGUAGUAGCGCAAGCGCAGCAACAAGUUGAGCAAGUUGUCGCGCACGCGCAGCAACAGGCGGUCCAAGUGGUGCAUCAGGCUCAGCAACAGGUAGUUCAGCAAGUAGUGCAGCAUGCUCAAGUGGUGCAGCAAGCGGUACAACAAGUGCAAGCUGUGCAGCAAGUUCAAGCGGCUCAGGUAGUGCAGCAAGCGGUACAGCAAGCGACUGAAGAAGUGGUGCAACAAGCAGUGCAGCAAGCUACGCAAGAAGUAGUGCAGCAGGUUCAAGCAGUGCAGCAAGCAGUUCAACAAGCUCAAGCGGCUCAGGCUAUGCAGCAAGCUGUUCAGCAAGACAUUGGUUCCAUGCUAAACCAGCCCGCGGGCUUUGUGGCCGAAGCUAGUUCUGUUUUGGCUAGUACUCAGGAACCUUCUCAACAGCGUUUGACCAACGCAGCGGAACAAGCUAUCAAUAAUGUCAUCACCAAUGCCACGAAGGACAUUAUCAACAAUCGGCCGAUCUCGACGACCACCGCUCAUGCAAUCAUCGCCACGAAGAAAAUCUUGAACAGCGUAGCGACUCAAAGCGCGCAGUUGAUGAACAACACAAUGGAGGUCAUCUUGCCGAAGUCUCCCUCGGCACAAAACAAUAUCAUCGAACAGGUCGCCAGCAAAUCGCCACCAGUCGCGCUUCCAGUCACUCCAAAUCGCCAGGCUGUGAACGCCCCGAUUUCCAAUCCCGCCGCCAACACCGCAUCCAACAGGAAGACAGAGGAUGGAAUGCUGCCUCAAGAACUCACCUCCAUGUCGGAACAUGAUCUUUUGAGCUACAUCAAUCCCAACUGUUUCGAGCAGCUUCCGCAAAACGGAUUCCUCUUGUAGUACCAUCGCGUUUCUCAACAGAGGAGGAAGGGAUGAUUUUUUUCAACGAAUUUAUUUCCAAAUGAAAGUUUGAAGACUCUGCCUUCUGUGUCCUGCAUUUGGUACUAAAUAUAGCUGCCUGGUUUUAAAUUUCACUUGCUUCGUAUUGAAGAGUGUUGAAAAUAUUAUAUGGAGCUUAGACUAGGCCCGUAACUAGCUAAAUGUGGGAUACAAGAAUUCAAGAACGUUUAAACAAUUGAAACGUCUUGUAGAAUAGGUGUUUCUUGGACUUUUGCGUUGUUUGGAUUUGUUACUGUGCAGAAUUAAUCUCAAUUCGGGUUACGAGGUCAUUACCUUGGUCCGACGCUGACAAUUCUAUAUCAUAUUUGUAAUAUGAUGCGAAUUCACUUUUAUAGAAGGGAAAGUAGAAGUACAUUACGUCAACUUUGGGUCUCGGCACAUUUCUCUAGGUUCCUCUUCGAAAUAUAGUUGUGGAUUUUAGAAUUUUUAAUUGCCAAACUAUUGCAUUUUUUUAUUUUAACCCUUUUAGUAUAGAAGAAUCUAGCUGAAAAUCGUUCUUGCCACACAGGCGUACUAAUGUACAUUAGUACGUUUAGUAGUGAAUAACUACUAUACAUGUGCUCUUGAAGAUUUUUAAAGAAUAUUUUCAUGUACUAAAUUAGUGAUAAGAAAGCUAACACAGUCCGAGCAGGAUAGUAAGUAGUUCAGUGGUUUAUUGUGUGAAUUUUUAUAUACUCUUUGGAUUUGUCAUUUUUCGUGCUGAAAGGGUUAACAAUUUUAUUCUCCUAACAUAUAGGAUCCUAUAUGUUAUAAAAUAUUAUUUGACUAUUUGUUCGAAGUAUUGUAACAAAUUUCUUAAUGACCCAAAGUUUUCAGAGAUACUUCCUGAUUAUCCUGUGAUUCAUAUUAAAGAAAUGGCGUAAGUCCACAGCAGCAGAUCAUCAAGGAUCGAAAACUAUUAACGUUUAAGUAUAAGACGGGCGCACGAGAAAGCGCGACAAAUUCAAAUGUUCUUCUCUUUCAUACAUCUUUUCUUUCUUUGUACGUUUUAUCUUUCCUAUGAAUUGUCAAUCUUUCUUGGCGAUUCGUUAUUUAUCUUCAACGAUGUAUGUGCAACUAGAUACGACGUAUAUUAACUUGUGCUGUAUUUUUAUAUAUUUUAAAUUCUUUUUAAUUGCAGGACUCAAUAAUACGUGAAUAAUGCAAACCUCAGACGUAGAUCCCAUAUACAAUAUUGGGAUUCAAUUGAAGCGUCUUAGAGCUAAUUAAUUAAUAUUAAUAGAAGAAAUUAAGAAGUUACUUAAAAAUAACAGUAAAAGCAGAAUUUGACCAAGUUUCCAGUUUUAUUUCUCGAAUUUUAGAAUCUUUAUUUCUCGCUUUUGCAACAUUUAAAAAGGGAAGUGCCGGAAUACAAAUGGGAACACGUGUGUGUUAUUAUAUAUAGUAUAUUACGUUGUUGUGAUUAUUAUUGACUUGAUUUCAUUGCGAAAGAAUGGAUCAUCUCGUCGCUGUGGUCUCCACAUGUCUGAAGCAUAUAUUGCGUAUGUUUAGAAUAUGUAUAUUAUUCGGUAACCGAAGUUAUUUUGUUUUCUUCUUCUUUGUUAUCUAGUAUAUUGAUAAUGAUAGAGUUAUGUGAAUGCAUUAAUGUUAUCAUUACUUGAUACAGGAUUAGAAAACUGACAGAGAAUGAGAGAAAGACAGAGUGAGAGAUUAUGUUAUAUGUUAAAGUAGUACAUAUAUAUAAAUAUAUAUAUAAAAAAUAUAUAUAUUUUUUACGUUUAUCCAAAGAGAGAGUAGAAAGCAGAGAGUGGGCAGUAACAAAGUGAGCUUAUUAAGGAUAUGUGUCCAUACAAUUAUUAUAUAUAUAUAUAUAUCUAUAUUGGAUGUAACUAAAGUGCGUUUCUUUAUAUGAAAAGAAAAUAGAGUGUACUUUCCUUUCUAUAGUUUUUAAGUUUUCUAUGUAAAUCCUCAGGUACCGAUUAAUCUCAAACGAUCGUGUAAAGUUGUCAUUUUUCGCCUAUUCUGAUACCGCGUGAAACCUGUUUCACAAAUCAUAGACUGAUUACGUAUCGGUUAAAGAUUUACAUGGUCGCGCGAAACGUCGAGUUUAAGUGAAAAUUCGAGUUUCUAAGGGGAAAUCGUAUGAUUACACCCAGAUUCUUUCAAUUCUCCGGCUUCUUUAAGUCGACGAACUUUAUCAGAAUUAUGAUCUGGAGUUUCUCUAGAUUUCUAAAUUCCUAAAUCCUCGAAUUGUGUAUCUGAAGAUAGGUUUUUAUCUUUAAUUUUUUAAUUUUGGCCACUCAGGAUUCCUAUAGACUUCCAGAAAAAAUUGUACGAAUAUUCUUGAAUUUUACUGAUCUCCCGUGUUCUGCCUAAAUGUUAAAAAAAUCUUGAAUCAUCGAUUUUCUGAGCUCUUACAUUAUUUCAACGCACUUCAGCGAUAUCCCAUGUACGUAUAUCGCGACAUCGAAUUUUUCGGGGUAGUUCCCCACAUGUUCAAGACGAGCGGUGCUAAUAUUCGCCAAGAUAAUGUAGCUAAUAGAAGAAAGAGAAAGAAAGAGAGAAGAGAGAGAGAGAUUUUAUAACGAAAAAUAUAACGAAACAUUUAUUGUCGCGACAGCAACAUGUCCUUUGUAGCCAAGUAUAUAUACACGCAUAUAUAUAUAUACAUACAUAUAUAUAUAUUUUAUAUUGACCGUUAUAAUGUGUCUGUAGUCGCACGCGAUGACUAAUGGUUCGCCUCACAGGGAAGAUUACUUGUGUACCACUUGCGAUAUGUACCUCGUGAAAUUGUCAUAAACGUGUGCUCUUCUCGUUGUACGCACGUCGCUGAUAAUAGCUAUCAGCCUAACUUCGACAGAAAUUCGUAACAAUGUAUCAUUAUUUACUCCUGUAAGUUGAAAAUAAAUGUUUCACAAUGAUA